AUGGCCAGCUUCACGACCUGGUACAACAGCCAGUACGCGACUUGGAACCGCGUACGAAACCUCCACCAACAACCCUACCUCGCUCGUGUGGACACCCGUGCCUCCCGCGCCGCCACCGAAAUGGCCUCUCAGACCUCACCCACAGGCAACCCUGUCGUGAUCGACAUGGGCACCCCCGCCCCCGCCCCCACCACCACUACCCCCACACCUGCGUCCGCGAACAAGGGCAGCGACACGCUCUUUGGCCCAAACAUCGGCGUCCUUGGUGGUGGUCCAGAGUGGACUGAGCAUAGCGAGAAGAGCGCGGACGUCCUCACGCCUGAAAUUGUGAAGGGCUGGAUUGCGAAAAGCAAGGAGACACACUAUUCCACCACGACGCUGCAGGCCCUCGUCAACCUCAAGCGUCCGACCAUCCGCCUCUCCCCCCUCGAAUCCGACGCCACGGACGACGCCGAGCAUGCCGACUCGCAGCAUCACCACGCGCUCGAGUUCGAGUACGACUGCGACGCACCCAAAUGCGCCAUCCGCGUCCACGUCCUCCUGAACCCCAAGCACCCGAUGGCUGGCAAGCCCGACGGCACCGGGCUCUCGAAGCUGCUCAUCUUCGAGCAGAUCACCGACGGCGGCUUCGGCCGGAUGCUCAAGUUCGAGGACGGCGCGAUGCUCGAGCUCGGCCGGUUCGACUUCACGCGCGCGGCGACUCCUGCCGGCGAGUCGUCCUCGACAGGGGACGAGAAAACAGCAGGGACCCCCGCCGCAGAGCCCGCGCAUCGCAAGAAACGGUUCACGAACUUCCACUUCCGCAAGCGGAACCAGGAACGCGGCGUCGCCGGCCCUGCCCUCGCCGUCGUAGAUGCGGAUGUCCAUCACGCGGAGGGUGAAGACAAGAAGGAGAAGGAAGAGGACGUUGGAGUUCGUGCGACCAUCCGCCUGUCUGCCCUCGAUGAGGACGGCAAGGACCUUCCUUCGUCAAACGAGCAGGUGACUUACCUCCACGUCGUGCGGUUUGGGGCCCCGCCGGUCGCGGUCGAGGGCGCCGAGGAAGAGGAGGACAAGCGUCCUUGGGUUGUCAAGGUCGUGAAGCGUGAGGCUACGAUCGGCCUGCACACCUUCCACCUGCACGAGAUCUAUGGUCUCUCUGCCAACUCUACAACGUCCACAGCCCCCACAGCCCCUCCUCCCACCGCCCAGCUCGACACUCACACAUACCCGCCGGUCACCGCUCCCGCUCCUACCAACCAGGAGGACGAGCCUUCCUCCGAAUGUCUUCUCUGUCUAUCAUCCCCUCGCGAAGUCGUACUCCUUCCAUGCCGUCACCUGGUGGCAUGCCGCGAUUGUGCCCUGAACAUGAUCGAGUUCGGUGCCAGCGGGACGAUUGUGCAGAACGAGGAGCCCAGCGCUCCCGGCGAGACUGCUUCCGGCGAGGUUGCUCCUACUGAACCCACAACCGAAGCGUCUCCGCCUCCGGCAGCUGAAGGCGAGGGUGGUGCCGCCGCCCCUCCUCCCAUUGUGCCUCCCGUCCCGAUCAACCCCCGGCGGAAGAGGAAGGCCAAGGGCUGGUUCUGCCCGGUCUGCCGUCAACCGUACACUUCCCUGCUCCGUAUUACCACCACGCCCCCGGAGAAGGACGAGCACCGCGAGUCCACGUCGUCCGACGAGCACUCUCCGCCGGUCCCUGCGCUCCCCAUCACGCUCACCGUGCCCCCGCCGACUGCCCAAUCAGAGCGUGGUCGUUUCGGCUUCCUGCGCUUCGGCCGCCAGGGUGUGCCGCAGCCCGACGUCGAGCGCGGUCAGACGCCUGCGGCGAACGCAGCUUGA